AGCCCCGUCACACAGUCACAGUCAGGCAGGGAAGUGGAGCAUCGAGUGAGGGGCAGUGUCCCGAUUUCUCCAUGAGGUGCCUUGCUUUCCGUCUGUGAGCAUGGCAAUGCGCAACGUCGGUCAACUUUCGACAUGCAAUCCAAAAAUCUCACAUCGAAUCGCGUUGCAUCCCGGAAACCACUUGGGAUCAUGCCGGCUGUGCUUCAGAGCCCUAAGGUAUUAAUUGGGUUGGUCUUGGCAGGCCCGAUAACGGCUUGUCAGAUUUGAAGCCAUAUUGCACAUAUCUCAUCUUUCACAGUGUGGAUGAGGCUGGCGUUUUCGCUACGGCUGAUAUGCUUCUGUUCAUUUCCGACUCUCUGGCUCGUCGCUAGGACUGCUCGUAGGACUUUGUUGUGCUCAUCCGUCCGUGCCGGGCGUUUGGGUACCUUCGUACUCUUGACCCGGUCUACCGAGAAGGUGUCCAAGUCUGAUCUUCCAACCUCAAUAGAGGCCAAGCGAUCUAUGGCAGCCGUAGAAGGAACAUGUUUGUCUGCAUUGUUGAGUAUGGUUACAGCCAAGAUGUGGCCCAUCAUGUCGGCCCGUUUGCUUUUCCUCCUCUCCCAUCGGUCUCGGUGUAGAUGAAGAGACAUGCAAGGGAUAUCUCACGACCUUAACAUCUGCCAAUACUGCAUUGUACAUCUCACAAGGUGCGAACAUGGAAAGUUUGCAAGUUCAAUCCCCAUCCAUAGGGCUGCAAGUCUGUUUUCUGGACUUCCCCAGAAUCCACUUCACCUUCAAAACGCCAAGACAUACCGCAAGACAAGCAGAUCCUGGUUCAUUCACGACAUGUAUUGUGUAAAUGGUAUUCAUAUGGUUUAUACUCUCAACGAGGCAAAAACAAGCCCUCCAUUUUCAGGCCCAAGGAAACCGCUCAUGCAAAAAUAUAACUCCGGUUCAAAUGUAUGCUUCAAACAGAGUGACAAAAGAAAACAACCUAAGCGGUAUACUCCUUUUGCAACAUCUUCGCAAUGGUGUUGAGCCUGCAGGAUUCUGUUAGCAAUAGCCCGGUUAGCUAGACAAUACACAAGAACGUACUGAAUGUUGCUCGUGCCCUCAUAGAUGGCGCCAAUCUUGCUGUCACGGAAGAACUUCUCAGCCAGACCCUCACGGACGAAGCCCAUACCACCCAUCCACUCCACCGCCAACCCGCUCACACGGCCAGCGACCUGGGAGGCGUAAAGCUUGGCCAUGGCAGCGUCCAUGACGAAAUCCUCGCCGGCCUCCUUCUUGCGAGCAGCAUUGUACACCAACGCGCGCGCCGCCGCGAUCUCGGUGUAAGACUGCGCAAUCUGGUGCUGCAUACCCUGGAACUCGCCAACCAACUUUCCAAACUGCUUGCGGUCGUUCCACACAUACUUGACAGCAUUCUCCCACGCACCGAGAGCAAGACCGGUCAUCUGAGCACCAAUACCGAUACGGCCCUCGUUCAGGAUCUGGAUGGCGUACUUGUAACCCUGGCCCUCCUGACCGAGGAGGUUCUCCUUGGGGACCUCAACGUCGUCAAAGUUGAGAACGCAGGUGCUGCUGGCCUUGAUGCCGAGCUUCUUCUCCUUCUUGGCGAUGCUGAAGCCCUUCAUGCCCUUGUCAACAAUGAAGGCGGAGAUACCCUUGUAUCCCUGCUCAGGCUUGAGGUUGGCGAAAACAAUGAAGAAUUCGGCCUCCAUGCUGUUGGUGAUCCACAUCUUGCUGCCGUUGAUCUUGUACCCAUUCUCGGUAGGGGUAGCCUUGGUGGCCAGGGCGAAAGCGUCAGAACCGCUAACCGGCUCGGACAAGCAGAAGGAGCCAACGGUGUUGGUGGCCAGCUUGGGGAGGUACUUCUUCUUGAGGGUUUCGCUACCCCACCUGAUCACAGCAGUGUUGACGAGGGUGUUGUGGACGUCCACCAUGACAGAUACCGAUGGGUCGACACGGGCCAAUUCCUCAAUACCAACAAUCGCAGCGGUGAAGUUCAUGCCGGCACCGCCGUACUCCUCAGGAAUCUCAACACCCAUGAUACCCUGUUCAAAGAGCUGCUCGACGAUGGUGGGGUCCAUCUCCUCGGCCUCGUCCAUGUCGCGAACCUUGGGCAGAAUGACGUCGUUGGCGAACUUUUGGACCGCCUCGGCCAUGGCGACCUCGGUCUCGGAGAAGUGGGUGAUGGGUGUUGGGGCGACAUCGGCAAGGCUGGGAUCGCGGCGAGGAGCAGUGGUAGAAAGAGGACGGGCAGCGCUGGGAGGGGGCUGUCAACUACAGUUCCUUGCCCAUAAACACCAGCAGCUUGAACUCACAUCUGAACAGCAGGAAGAGCAGCCGUUCUCCCGCUGGCUAUCCUAGGAGCAGAAACAGCCAGACUUCUACGCACAGCAGGGCGCAAUGCUCUCACGAAGAGCCUCAUCUCGGUGAUGUUAAACGUAGAGAGGGUACAGACGACGGUUGGAACGGUACAAAGGGCGGGGUGGACGUUGAACGGUAUGGGAUGGUGCACCGGAAAAUCGAAAACGGAAUCACAAGAAAACCAAAAAGUCCAGGGACAAAAGGGGGGUGGGCAGCUUAAACGGUCUUUAUACCACACCGGAGGAACUGCUCUAGUUUCGAUCUAUGUUCGGAGGGGCGGUUUCUCUUCAACAGAAACGGACCCGCCAAGUAGCACUUAACGAUGCAUUCCCCCCAGAGGACACAGCGAGGAAUGCAGCACCGAAUGGCACCACAGGCAAUCCGCUUCCAACGGCGGAAGGGGACGAUCAGGAAACAAAUCCAAAAGCCGAGGUAACACCUGCACUAACCAGUCAAGCGGCUCCCCGCGGACAAACCCCCAGCAGCGUCAUCGCACAUCGGGGAGAGAGACGCACGAUGGAGAACGCCAUGUGAUCUGACCCGGGGGAGGGGUCCACUUGAACCGACAAUUGCCGGGACAGCAUUUGGAGGUUGAGAAAGCACGUGCCACAUCCCGUGAUUGUCAUGGGCAGCCCGCGCCAAGCCAGGAAAACAAUUGUGGAUCCGAUACUUUUCCAUCGCCCGGCCUGCCAAUUCGCGACGAGGACGAGGACGACGACGGCGAUAUCUUCAGUCUCGCCCGCCAUUCACACACCCAGCUCUCUCACCAUGGCAUCCUUUUUCAAAAACCUGGUCUUCAGACCAUCACUCCUCCCUGUCGCCUCCCCCAUCAGAACCUUCUCAACCACCCCCUCCCAAUCCGCAACCCUCAACCAAGUCCUCCGAGGAUGCCGAAAACCCCAAAAAGCCCGCCACCCCGUCUCCCCCGCCCUUUCAGCAAUCCACGCAGCCCAGCUCAAAGGCGUCUGCGUAAAAGUGGGCAUCACCAAGCCCAAAAAGCCCAACUCUGGCGAGCGCAAGACUGCUCGUGUGAGACUCUCCACCGGCAAGGUCAUCACCGCCUACAUCCCCGGCGAAGGCCACAACAUCCAGCAGCACUCCGUGGUUUUGGUCCGCGGCGGCAGAGCCCAGGAUUGUCCCGGUGUGCGGUACAGACUGGUGCGCGGAGCGCUCGAUCUAGGCGGUGUGGGCAGCAGGGUGAGCAGCAGGAGUAAGUUUGGGACGAAGAAGCCUAAGAAGGCGACGGUUUAAGGUUGAAAAGGAUGGGGGCGUAUGAGGGGGAAUGAUACCUAUGGAGUGGGCAAAUAAGGGAGCUGGACUUGGGCAGAGAGAAGGCGGACAUCAAGAGAAGGGUCGGCUAGGUCGGUCAUGCCAAAAUUGGAGGGACAUCAUUGUAUUAUACAGAUCAUCUAAAAACACCAAUUGGGCGUAGCAGCUCAGCAAUGACAAAAGAGUCAACGUCAAAACACUCCCAUGGGAUUCGCAUUCGUCUAAGCCAUGGCAGGAUCACAAGGGGAAAAGGUAACAAUAUAUACAGC